UUGGCACGUGAUCUGUCUUCGAAGGUAGCCAGCUCCCGCAUUUGUUGAAAAGUUUGAAAGCAACUGAAAUAAUUUAGAAAAUCUAGAAUGGAGGGUUCAAGAGACGAGCUUAUUCAAUUAGCCAAGAUAGCUGAACAGAGCGAACGUUAUGAUGAUAUGGUAGACGCCAUGCAAAAGGUUACAAAAUUGGGAGGGCCGUUGAAUGAAGAAGAGCGAAAUCUUCUGUCGGUCGCUUACAAGAACGUGGUUGGAGCACGACGUUCGGCUUGGCGAGUCGUUUCAAGCAUAGAACAGAAGCAGGCAGAAAAGGAGGGCAAAACUGAAAUACCAGAGAAGUAUCGUCGUAUCAUCGAGAAGGAGCUAAAUGCAAAAUGCGAAGAGGUUUUGAGCCUUCUGGAAAACCAUUUGCUUAAGUCCGUCGAUGAAUCGGCGAGUGAGGGAGCUACAGAAGCCAAAGUGUUCUUCUUGAAAAUGCAGGGUGACUACUACAGAUAUCUAGUUGAGGUAGCUACCGGUGAUACUCGUGACGAACUUACUGAAAAAUCCUUGAAAGCGUACCAAGAUGCCUCUACCGCUACCAAGGAAUUGCCAAGUACCCACCCGAUCCGUCUUGGUUUGGCUCUCAACUUUUCAGUCUUUUACUACGAGAUAAAAAACCUGCCCGACAAGGCCUGCGAGCUAGCUAAAAAAGCCUUUGACGAGGCCAUUGCUGAGCUUGAUAGCUUGAAAGAGGAGUCGUACAAAGAUAGUACGUUGAUUAUGCAGUUAUUGAGGGACAACCUGACACUGUGGACCUCUGAUUCUGAGCAAAAUCAAGAAGACGCUGACGACUCUUGAACUGAACCAUCCCUCAAGCAAGUUUGAAAGUAGGCGUCUAAUUGAAUAUUAUAUUCAGAAAAGGAAGAAAUUUAAACUUGCAGUUAUUACUGCUUUUUUUGAUUUUGAUGUGUGAUAUUGUAUCAGAGAUAGGCACUGUCUUUAGUGGCAAUCAAACUCUUAUAACCAGGAAAAGCUGUCUAUGAUCGCUGUAGAACUUGCCCUACAUUCCUUUCGAUUUCAGACAAUCUUUCCCCCCUUGCCUUAGAAAUUUAGAUCUGUAAACCACCAAAUGCUGGAAAAUUUAAUAAUUUUUUUGUUGACUGUCACAUAUACACUAUAUAUGCAUAGAUAGAUGUAUAUAUAUAUUUAAAAUUGCUAAGAAUCUGAGCACAUUCUGUCCUGUAAUUGAAAUUGAUUACACCUCAAUGUUAUACGUAUAGGAAUAUUUCUCUUUUGAAUAAAGGCUUGUAAAACACAGAAAAUACCCAAUGUAUAAAGGUUUUAUGUAUUCUACGAAUUGUAUACUAUAAUAAAAGGUCGGUGUUAUUAGGG